AUGGCCAGGCACUUGUUCCUCCUGGGCCUUUUCCUGAUGCUGCCGCCACCCGUCCCUGCUCCCUGCUACACUGCCACCCGGUCAGAAUGCAAACAGAAGCACAAAUUCGUGCCAGGUGCGUGGCUGGCUGGGGAAGGCGUGGACGUGACCACCCUCCGCCGCUCCGGCUCCUUCCCGGUGAGCACACUGAGUUUCCUGAGGCCUGACCACACCUGCACCCUCUGCAAAAAUGCCCUGAAGGGAGAUGCUAUACAGCGCCUGCCCCUGGCAAUCGCCCACUGGCGGCCUCAUAGCUCGGGCUGCCAGCGUAGAGUGGCCACAGCCAAGGUCAGCUCCACGGAGGGCGUGACCCGGGAUGCAGCUUCUAACAUUAAUAACGACUGGCGCGUGGGGCUGGAUGUGAACCCCAAGCCCGAGGCAAACAUGCGCGUGUCCAUGGCUGGCUCUCACUCCAAGGUAGCCAACUUUGCAGCCGAGAAGGCCCAUCAGGACCAAUACAACUUUAAUACUGACACAGUGGAGUGCCGCCUGUACAGUUUUCGCCUGGUACAAAAACCCCCACUGCACCCCGAUUUCAGAAAGGCACUCAGGGACCUUCCCCCCAACUUUAACACCUCCACAAAGGAUGCUUAUCACAGGCUCAUCUCCUCCUAUGGUACCCACUUUAUCACGGCUAUGAACCUAGGUGGCCGCAUCUCAUCCCUCACGGCCCUGCGCACCUGCCAGCUGACCCUGGAUGGGCUCACGGGGGAUGAGGUAGCCGACUGCCUGCAGGUGGAGGCCCAGGUCAGCAUUGGCGCCCUUGCCAGUGCCUCAAACGAAUUCAAAGCCUGUGAGGAGAAGAAGAAACAGCACAAGAUGUCCACCUCCUUCCACCAGACCUACCGAGAGCGUCACGUCGAGGUGGUUGGUGGCCACCUUGAUUCUACCAAUGACCUGCUCUUCGGGAACCAGGCUACACCAGAACAGUUCUCAACCUGGAUAACCUCACUGACCAGCAGCCCUGGUCUGGUGGACUACAGCCUGGAGUCCCUGCACGUGCUGGUGGAAGACCCGGACCCGAGGCGGGAAGCGCUGAGACAGGCUAUCAGCCAUUAUGUGAUAAACAGGGCUCGUUGGAAGGACUGUAGCCGGCCCUGCAGGCCAGGCCAGCAUAAGAGUACUCGUGACUCCUGCCAAUGCAUGUGCCAUGAUUCCAAGGUCACCAGCCAGGACUGUUGUCCACGACAGAGGGGCUUGGCCCAACUGAUGGUGACCAAUAUCCGUGCAAAGGGUCUGUGGGGAGACUACAUCACAGCUUCUGAUGCCUACGUGAAGGUCUUCUUUGGUGGCCAGGAGUUUAGGACCGGUACAGUGUGGAACAAUAACGACCCUAAGUGGCCUGACAAGAUGGACUUUGGCAAUGUGCUUGUGGCCACAAGCGGACCCCUGAGGGUGCAGGUCUGGGAUGCUGACAAUGGCUGGGAUGAUGACCUUCUUGGUUCUUGUGACAGGUCUCCCAAGUCUGGUUUCCAUGAGACGAGCUGCAACCUGAACCACGGCAGUGUGACAUUCUCCUACCAUGUCAAGUGUUUGCCCCACCUGACUGGAGGCACCUGCCUAGAGUAUGCCCCCCUGGGACUUCUAGGAGCUCCUCCAGGAAACCGCAGUGGGGCUGUGUGGUAA